CAUAUCUGCUGUUCAGAAUCCAUGAGCAAAUGUGUGUGUUUUGUGAAGGUAUUUAAGUGUGUGUAUGUGUAUGUGUGUAUGUGUGUGUGUGUGUGAGAGAGUCAGAGUGCCUCUCCUCAGAUGUAAAUAGCUAAAGGUCUGCUGCUCGUUUGACGCACUAUUAGGGAAAGAAGAUCUCCAACGAAUGGAUUACGGCACACAAAGUGCCGGGAGAGGAAGAGCUGGGCAGCUGAGGCAGCGAGAGCCCCUCACACACCAGGAGCCUUAGCCAGCCGGACCGACAGAGACAGCUGCACACACACACACACACACACACACACAGAGUGCAUGAGUGUGUGUGUGUAUGGGAGUGUGUGAGGGAUCAGGAUGAGCUCAGUGGAGAAGCGCCAUGGCAGUGGUCGCCGUGGCAGCGGGCCGCGUCUGUCGGAUGCCUUCAGUGACUCGUCCAGCUCAGGCAGCUUCCUGGACGACGCCGACCGCGAGGUCAGCAGCCUGACGGAGCGCGCCUUCCGCUCGCUCUGCAUCGGCGACGAGGCCGUCUACAGCGACGCGCACCUUGGCUCCUCCCCCCAUGAGCGACAACGCGCCUUCGCACAAGAGGCCCCCGCCCACUCCGACGCCGCCCCCAAGCAGGCGGCCAAUGAGACGCUGUCGCUCGCCGGCGGGGGGUGGGGCUCGGAGGUGUCCGGAACAUUCCAGGGCUGGCUGGCAGAAUCAACGCUGAUGCAACAGCAGCAGCAGCAGCAGCUGUCGGGCCUUAGCAACGGCUCCACGGAGAUCGCCUGGCAACAGAAGCGUAGCACGUCGCGCGUCUCCUCCCUCAUCAAGGCCUUCGGCGGCGGCGGCGGCGGGGGCGGGGACGCCUUCUACGACCCCAUGACCCCUGAUGCCAUGGCAACCAGGGACAAAUGGCAGGAGGGAGGCGAGGCCUGGGACCGCUCGGCCCUGAUGAGUCUGCACCAUGAGCUGGCCGAGUUCUCCGCCUACCAGCAGGGCUUCCGGACGGCGGACGCGGACCCCAGCGGUUCCGGAAGCUUCCUGCGGACGGCCAAGCUGAAGGCCAGCGGGCGCUUCCACGCGCUCAGCUCGACCAACAUGUUCCUGCACAGCGAAGCCCAGCCUGCUCUCCGCCUGGAGCGACUACAAGCUGCCCUUCUCCCGCCAUCACGCUUGUCGCGCCGCCACCGGGCGACGCCCCCCGCUGGUAAUGACUUCGCCCGCUUACAAGGAGCUGACCUCCGCCGCGCCUCCGCAGGGGUCACAGGGUCAGAGGUCACAGCGCCGGGCCGCGGAGGACUGGGCUCAGCAGACGCACGCUCACCGCACGCUUGGCGGCGGAACUAA